AUGUCAAGCCAAUUCAUGAAAUUUCCUUCGAGGAGAUCAACUGUAUAUUCUCAUAAAGGUAUGGUUGCAUCAACUCAACCAUUAGCAAAUUCUGCUGGAUUGAAAAUAUUAGAUAAAGGUGGAAAUUGUGUUGAUGCUGCUAUAGCCGUAUCAGCUGCAUUAUGUGUUACUGAGCCUGCAUCUACAGGUGUAGGUGGUGAUGCUUUUGCUUUAUUUCAUACUGGUGGAAAGGUUUUUGGAUUGAAUGGUUGUGGUAGAGCGGCUAAAAAUAUUACCCCACAAGAUGUUUGGAAUGAACAUAAUGAUGGAAAACCUAUGUCAAGAAUACCUUAUACUUCUGUUUUUUCUGUGACUGUUCCUGGGGCAAUCGAUGGUUGGUAUCAAGCUUAUAAGAAUUGGGGAUCUGGAAAAGUAUCUUUUGAAGAGAUUUUGGAACCAGCCGUGUCAUUAGCUAGAGAUGGAUUUCCUGUGUCAGAAUUAUCAAGUCGUUCAUGGAGAGGUUCAAUUAAAAAAUUGAAAAGUCAAAAUCCAAAUGUUAAAAACAAUCCUUUCAUACUUGAUGGUGAAAGAGGUCCAAAUGAGGGUGAAUUCGUUAAAAAUAUACCAUUUGCAAAUUGUUUGGAACUUAUUGGUAAAGAAGGUGAAAAAGCAUUUUACGAAGGUCCAAUUGCAGAAGCUAUUGUAGAAACUACUACAAAAAGAAAUCAUAAGUUAUCUUUGAAAGAUUUUAAGGAACAUACAUCAACAAUCGUUGAACCUAUCAAAUUAAAUUUCCAAAAUCAUUAUGUGUGGGAAAUUCCACCAAAUGGUCAUGGAUUGGUGGCUCUACUAGCAUUAGGAUUGAUUCAAGAAUUACAUAAUGAAGGGGUCAUUGAUUUGUAUAAACUUAAACAUAAUUCUGCUGAGUAUUUACAUAUUUUGAUUGAAGCUUGUAAAUUAGGAUUUCAUGAUUCUGAUGAAUAUGUAACUGAUCCAACUUUUAAAGAAAUUCCAGUUGAAGAUUUAUUACAUCAUCAAUAUUUAAAAACUAGAGCUAAAUUAUUUUCACCAAAUAAAAUAAUAGAUGGAGAAACUAUGACUCAUGGAGUUCCUGAUCCCAAAUACAAAUCAGAUACUGUUUAUUUUUCAGUUACAGAUGGAAAUGGUGAUGCAUGUUCGUUCAUUAAUUCAGUUUAUGAAGGUUUUGGUUCAGGUAUUUUAGUUGAAAAAUAUGGUUUUUGCUUGCAAAAUAGAGGAUCGAAUUUUAAUUUAAGUCCAGGUUUAUCAAAUUGUUUAGAAGGAGGUAAGAGACCGUAUCAUACAAUAAUUCCAGGUAUGAUCACUAAUAAAGAGGAUAAUUCAUUAUAUGCAGCUUUUGGAAAUAUGGGAGGAUUUGCUCAACCGGUAUGUCAUGUACAACAUGUUUUGAAUAUGAUAAUAUUUGGUAUGACUCCUCAGCAGCUGUUGGAUUCACCUAGAUUUGUCUUAAAUUCAAACAAUGAAGAUGCUAAAGAUAGAGGCAGAGGGGCAGAUGGACCAGUCAGAACUCCAAUUACUAUUGUGCAAAUAGAGGAAGAUGUUGGGGAGUCGACCAUUGAGGAAUUAAAAGCCUUGGGUCAUACUUUGCAAGUAAUGAGUGAUUAUGGACGUCAAAUGGUAGGUAGAGGUCAAAUUAUAAAAAAUGAAAGUAAGGAUGGUCAACUUAUAUUUGCUGCAGGCAGUGACAUGCGUGGUGAUGGAGCAGCUGUGCCAUUUGUAUAG